CUCUCCACGUCCGCCGCCCUCCCUGCCUCCCUCGCCACGGAGCCGGCCUGGGGGAUGCUCGGGGCCCCAGCUCCCGGGGGAGCGGCGCGUUUCCGCGUGCCAGGGCGACCCCGGCCCGGGCGGGCUCUCGCGGGGACAGCGCGCGCCCCGCGUCCCCGGGAAGUUGUCUCCGGAGCCCGCGGGCCCUGGGUCUCCUCCCCCUGAGCCCCGCCCCGAGCUGGGAUCCGCGAGCCGCCCGGCCCGGGGGCGUUGCCGCGCGUUCGGCCGAGCCAGCGAGUCUGCUUUCCAGCGCGCCCCGCGCGCGCCCUGCCCGCCCGGGGACCCCCGCGCACCCCCGAGACGGCGCGCGCCCAGAGCGCGGGAGCCCGGAGCGCCGGGCGCCUGGGACCCCGCGGAGCCGCUGGCCAGCCCGCGGGGCUCGGCAGGGAUGCAGGCUGCGCUGUGAGCCCAGGCGCCAAGGCCAUGUCCGGCGCCCGCUGCCGGACCCUGUACCCCUUCUCCGGGGAGCGGCACAGCCAGGGGCUCCGCUUCGCCGCGGGCGAGCUGAUCACGCUGCUGCAGGUCCCGGACGGCGGCUGGUGGGAAGGCGAGAAGGAGGACGGGCUCCGCGGCUGGUUCCCGGCGAGCUAUGUGCAGUUGCUGGAGAAGCCUGGAAUGGUCCCCCCUCCGCCGGGAGAGGAAAGCCAGACGGUCGUCCUCCCACCUGGCUGGCAGAGCUAUCUGUCUCCUCAGGGCCGGCGUUACUAUGUCAACACGACCACCAAUGAGACCACCUGGGAACGCCCCAGCAGUUCUCCUGGGAUUUCAGCCAGCCCUGGCCCUCACAGGAGCUCUCUGCCUCCAACAGUGAAUGGAUACCACGCAUCAGGGACCCCAGCGCACCCUCCAGAGACUGCCCACAUGAGUCUCCGAAAACCCACCGGUGAUUCCCAGAACCUGGGAUCCUCCUCACCAGGCAAAAAGCAGAGCAAGGAAAACACCAUCACAAUAAACUGCGUGACAUUCCCUCACCCAGACACGAUGCCCGAACAGCAGCUGCUGAAGCCAACGGAGUGGAGCUACUGUGAUUAUUUUUGGGCGGAUAAGAAGGAUCCCCAGGGCAAUGGCACGGUGGCGGGGUUUGAACUGCUUCUCCAGAAACAACUGAAAGGCAAACAGAUGCAGAAGGAGAUGUCCGAAUUCAUCCGGGAAAGGAUAAAGAUUGAAGAAGAAUAUGCGAAGAACUUAGCUAAGCUCUCUCAGAACUCCCUGGCUGCGCAGGAGGAAGGCUCUCUUGGAGAAGCGUGGGCCCAGGUCAAGAAGAGUCUUGCAGACGAAGCAGAAGUUCACCUCAAGUUCUCUGCCAAGCUCCACAGUGAGGUGGAGAAGCCCCUGAUGAACUUCCGGGAGAACUUCAAGAAAGACAUGAAAAAGUGUGAUCACCACAUCGCUGACCUCCGCAAGCAGCUGGCCAGCCGCUACGCCUCGGUGGAGAAGGCCCGGAAAGCCCUCACUGAGCGGCAGAGAGACCUGGAGAUGAAAACCCAGCAGCUGGAGAUCAAGCUGAGCAACAAGACAGAAGAGGACAUCAAGAAGGCGCGGAGGAAGUCCACCCAGGCUGGAGACGACCUCAUGCGCUGUGUGGACCUCUACAACCAGGCCCAGUCCAAGUGGUUUGAAGAGAUGGUGACCACCACGUUGGAGCUGGAGCGGCUGGAGGUGGAGAGGGUAGAGAUGAUCCGGCAGCAUCUGUGCCAGUACACACAGCUGCGGCAUGAGACAGACAUGUUCAACCAAAGCACAGUCGAGCCUGUGGACCAACUACUUCGAAAAGUGGACCCGGCCAAAGACAGGGAGCUGUGGGUCAGAGAGCACAAAACGGGCAACAUUCGCCCUGUGGACAUGGAGAUCUAGACACGCCUGGGCGGCCCUCGGGGUCCUCCCAGGAGAGGGGCUGGGGUCCCAGCGAGGGGAUGGAGGCCCCACUGGGCAGAGCUGUCCUCCUACCCAAUCUCCUGGUCCAUUGAGGAGAGGGGGAAAAGCUGGUGAUUCCAGAAAGACGACCGGACAGCCCAGCUGGGGUUUCCCCAGCAUCCCCUGCCCAGACGACCUUGGACCCGCAACCCUGCCCUUGUCUCUGAGCCCCCCAACUCCCAUGCUGUGCUUGCUGCUCUGAGAACAAACUGAGGCUGGAAAUCUGUGGUCCCUGCUGAACUCCACGGGGUGACUGUUGUAGCAUAUGUUCCUGGAUGCCCCAAAGGCUGUCCUCCAGCUGCCCACCUUGUCUGCAGGGCUUUGGAAGAUCGGGGAGGGAUAUCUGUGUCCAAGCCGGGGUCAGGCUCAGAAUUGUGACUACAAGGAGCCCUUUGAUUUACAGCCCUCACCCAAAAUCCUUUGCGGCCCUCCCUGUCUUUUCCAGUUGCAUUCUGGGAACCCACCUCUGAAUUUCUUGACUGCUUUUCAUCCCUAGCAGGCUUGGGAAGAAGGCUUGGCUUCUCUCUUCCCAGACCUACCCUGCCUGGAUGGGUCAGGAUGGAACUACCUCAUUUGGCAAAUUAGCCCCAAUUUGGAGCAUUAAAUCAUGGCUCCUCUCAGAUCAGGCAUUGUCUGUAAAAUCUCCCCCAGGAAACCCCAAGCCACCCUGCCCUCCCCUGCCUUCUGAAGUACACCCUCUGCCCCAUCCCGCCACCCCAUCCCAGUCUCAGGAGAGGAAGUUUUCUGAAGUUCUCAGCCAGCAACAUCUCAUCCAGCUAUGUGCGUGUCCAUGGAAGCAAACCAGCUCAUCCCAGAAACCAGCCAGCCACAGGAGGUCUGCAGGGUCUGUCUGUCCACUGCCCUCUGCAUCCCUGGGCCACCCUUGCCUCUGCUGCCCCAGGCUGCUCACCGCAGUGUCAUGGGGCCGGGCAGUCCCCAUGAGAGACAGGUCACGCCAAGUCUAGGCCAUCUCCAGAUGGCUCGGUCUGCUUGUGCACAGGGGUUUGGGAAUGCUGGCCCUUGUUCAGGCACUGGACAAACACUGCAGACUCUCCCACGACUGCAGUAAGGCAUUAACACCAGGCAGUGUCACAGUGCAGGGCCUCAUGGGGCACCAGCGCCUCCUUCCACUCUGCCCAUCUUCCCUGGAGACCUGGGGGCUCUCAGCACUGCCACAGGGUCCACCUCCUCUCUUCUUUCCUUCCUCCGGUACAAAUGUGUUCUUGGCCAUGGUAAUCUAGAGAAUCUGUCUGAGGCAGACAGGGGUGGGGGUAUUAGAUGUCUCGUAGAGAUGAGGGCAGAUUCCAGCUGCAAGCAGGUGCCCUGAGCACCCAUCUUCCCACGUCUUUCCCACCGAUGACUUUGCCUUUGACUGUAUACCUCCCGUAAGGGCCAAAUCCUGUGACCCCAGCUCACCGAUCUCCCCCACCUUCCCUGCCAGUGACGGAGGACUUCUGAUUCUCGGGUCUUUGGGCACUUCCUUUAGUUCACAUCAGAAAGAUGUCCAGUCCACUAAACUGUCAUUUUCCUUACUGAAACAUUCCAGCCCCAGAGGCCAGCGUUCCGGUGUCCACCAGGCUGCAGGCUGGCGUCUGUCCGUCUGUCCGUGUGGUGGAGAAUCAGCCCCUGCGGUUACUCCCUCUAGACCUGGGCUUGGGCUCGGAUACCAGCUACUAACUUUAAGAUACUGUUUCUUGAUUUCUUCAUUAAAAACGGGUGCUAGCGGUAAUUGCCUUGUGGCUCAGUAAACGAAUCUGGAGGUGAUUUUCAAGCGUUCAAAGCCAACAGCCUUGUUAUUGACACAGGUAUUUUGAGUGCGAUGUGGCUCACCGACCGUCUCCUCUCUUCUGUGUAAGGGUUCCCGCAUGCUCUGGCGCUAGGAUGGAGGAGGCUCCUGCUCCUUCCGGAGUACCCCGAAUUGGCCAUCCUUCCAGAAGUCCAUCUUCCCCCCUUAAUCCCUACCCCUCAUCGCUUGAGCUCAUUCACAUACACCUGUUCUUUUUUCCCCCCCAACUCUCUGUUCACCCAUCAAGCAUUUAGUUAAGGUCGAGCCACGUGCCAGGAUCCAGUUUGACAAUGAGCUCUGUGGUGGAGAAACCCGGGAGCUUGGUUGGCGUAGGUGUGUCUUUUCCCCAGUGGCCUGGCAGGUGGCUGAGUGGCGUCGGUGUAAAGGCAUCUCCAAACUGAGGCGCUCAAGGCACUGUGUGUUGUGCUGAGUGUUGCAACCUAGAUGCAAAAGAUGAACACCAUGUCUGUCCCCGCUGUCCCUGUGGACAGGGGAACAUUUACAGCUCUCUAGAGAGGAAAAAUCUCACUCAUCUCCCAUAUCUACCCAGUGAGAUUCUUGAAUCAGAAACUACUGCCGCGAGCUCAUGGCAACACCUAGAUUUCCAUCGCCUGGUCACCAGACCCUCAUGGUGUAGACCCAGCUCUGGUCGGUUUCACAGAUUUCUUUUGUUGGCUUCCAAUAACUCUCCUUGCAGUACCAGAGAGGAGGAAUGAAGCCCAAGCAUAGCCAGAGGGUGCCGGGAACAGCAUGGGGAGUCAGAUUCAACCCUAUUAACAGGACCCCUCCAGCAAUGGGUAAAAUCAAGAUUAGGAUGAAGUCUAGAAAAUCUAAAAUGUACCCUGGAGUAAGAAUCUCGGUACCCAGGUGGCACAGUCUGUUUUUAAGGUGCUGGGAUGGAACCCAGGGCCUCGCGUGUAUUAGACAAGCACCUCCGGCUCUGUUGGGCAUAGCUUCAUGUGUGUCUUGCUGCUCAGGUUAUGACAGGAUUUGCUGGGGUUAUUCAGGGUGAGGAUACAGCCGUUGUCCGAUGUCUGAGACCAGCUUAGCCCCCCUACCCGCUGCCACCUGGGAGACCUAAUCACAAGUUUGUCCACGAAAGCCUGAUGUGUUUGUUAAUUGUUUUGGUUUUGUGGUGCUGGAGACUGAACCCAGCCCAAACUCGCACUAGGCAAGUGCUCUACGACUGAGGUACGUCCUCGCCCCAAAAACUUGUUUAAAAAAAUCUCUAAGAUGAACGAUGUGCCAAGUGGCCAGUUGCCAUGACAACCUCUAGGAAAAGCCAGCUGUCACCCUUUUAUUUUCCUUCUACCUGCUUUUGGGCAGCACUGCAAUGCACAGGCUGUUUCAGGGGGACCACGGGGUCCUCUUCCUACCUCCACCCCGUGGCCUGUUGACCUCGGGGGAUUUCUACAAUAGCAGAGACUUCUCUACCUGGCAAGGCUAAUGAUGGAAACAACAGAAACUAUGUGAAUUCAUGACCAGGGAUCUGUUUCUAUUCCCUUUGAGAAAACCAACCAAUUGCCAGGUUAGCAGAUGGCUGCGUAAAAAUCCUGGCUGAGCCAAAGUCCCUUCUUGGAACUAUAAAAGCCAUCAAAUGCAAAGCACAUCAAAGAUCAUGGCUCAUUUAGAUUUUACCCCAGUUGCAAGUAACCGUGAUGCAGGACUCAGGACCUGUUCGUGCUUCUGUAGACAGAGGAAAGCCCUUGACAAGUGUCAGGUGGGGGACAGAGCAGCAGCCCACUGGUCGCACCCGGUCACCGUUUCAUUCUUAUGGUUCUUCCUCCCACCACCACAUGACUCACAGCCACCUUUUUCCAGGAUGGUGGAGGUGGAGCUGACCUGGUAAUGUUUGCCCCUUGGAAGUGUGAAUUUUGGUACUUAUGUGGUCUUGUAACCAUUACCAAAAUCCAGAUAAGAUUCACACCCCCUACUGUGGCCAGUUUUUUCUUCCCACCUCUGACCAAGCAAGUGGAGUCACACCGAUGAUGAAGCCUUUUGUGGCCUAUGAUAUUGUAGGUGACAGUCGUGUGUCCCUUUUCAUCGCUGAGUAGUAUUCCAUCGUAUCAGGCGGUCCACAGUGCUUUCUUGUUUUGUAGUGAACCAUUGGGCCUGGCAGUUCAUGGCCUAGCAUCUUCGUUUGGUUUGCAUCCCACCCCACCUCUCCCUGCAGCUCCCAAGGCUCUCUUCCAAAUGCCAGCCAUGCCCACAAGUGGUUCUUGGCAUUUACACUCACCUUUUUGGUCCGUGUUAGGUUUUUUCCAGUGCAGCAAGCAGCCAGAGCUUGGAGGGACAGUGGCAGAUAGGGUCAGACACAGCUGCCUUUCAGAUCUGCAACCCGAAGCUUGCAUCCCAGCUAGAAGAUCCACACCCUUCCGUACGCUCACCGUAGGCUCUGUGUUCCCUGCAUUCACUCGGUGUUGGGGCUGUGAGGGGCCAGUGGUGGCCCUUGACACACCAUGAUCUCCGUGCCAGUGGCUUGCUGUGCCAGCUGAGGGAACUUGUUCUAGGUGGGCUCUUGGACCUCUCAGUACUGUGUUCUGUGUCCUCCCCAUCUUGUUUUCUGGUUGGUACCCCCUGCACAUGGUCAUACCUAACCUGCAUGUCAUCUGCACAGCUGCCUAGAGUUGCCUACAACCCUUGUGGGGGGCACCUCUCCAUUUAGGCUGAAACGGAACCACAGAAUUUCAUGAGCUAAGAAUGAGACCAAUCCUAGGACCUCCCCACUGAAAGAUAAAUUAUAUGUUGUUAUCUUUGGGAUCUGUCCUCAAGAGCCAGGCCACGCAUACAUACAGAUGGUGUCACCUUGGUGGAAUCCUAGUUCUGGACCUUGCUCAGCUGGUGGUCACUCUGACCCUGGCCUGUGCCUACAGCCAACUAGGAAGCAGUAGAUGGCAACAGGCAUACGACUGAAUUUAGGCAAGUCCAGGCCAGGCUGUGAGUGUGACCCCAGUGUCCUCCAAGAUACGUCUUGAUCAUGGCCUGCUCAGUGGAAGACACCUGAAAGUCCCUCCACGUGAACUGGGGACAUUGCUGGGUUAAGGCCAGAUAUCUCCAGAGCCCAUAGGAUCCUGGGUAGAAUAGUUCCCGGAGGACUGGACGUUGCCAGGGAGGACUCCACCUCCCCUCACCUGCCAGGAGUGUUGUUUCUGAUGGGACCAUACUGAAGGAGAGAGGCCAGACUCAGCAGCUUGAGUCAGGGUAGAAAGAACUGAUCAAACCUAUGCGCCAUUCCCCACUGCUAGGUGCUGGGAUGGCUGUCAGGAGAGGGUGGACAGUGUCUUGAGUGGGUGGGGCCUGCUUUGGAUACCCUGAAUGAUGUAGGGGACAUUGGUCCUUGGUGUUUGGGCCAGUUUCUAGUUGGACUGUGGUGGGUGGGAUGUGCAGGCUGAGGUCCAGGGUGUUCUCACAGGGACAGUGUUACAUGGGGGUACAGAGGAAAAGCCUGUGGCACUAGAGAAAGCCAGGACUGGCCUGCCCAGCUGCCUCAUUUCCCUGUACCCUAAAACCAGACCUUAUAUACUCAUGUUAAGGGGGGGUGCUUCCCUCUCUGCACCUCCCUUGGCAGACAGACCCCCCAGCAUUGUGGCGUUCAGGCAGCUCUGUGUGGACCCAGAUAUUCCAAGGGACACCAGCCAUCCUGGGUGAUAGGGCCCCCAAAUUUGGGUCUCUUCCCUUUCCGUAAGAAGGAGAUGACCAGAGGCAUUCCCUUCACGGACACAAGCACAUCAGCAAGCCCUAUGAAAGUGGAAUUUUCUAACAAAAUAAACCUGCUUGUCCAGUCUGUUUUCUGUAACUUUUGCUAAAUACUUUAUACAUUUUUUUAAUGUUACAAAGCGGUGUCUCCUGCCAGCAUUCCCCGCUCUGGUAUGAAUGUGUUUACUCUACGGUGUAUAUCCUUUCCUCCUCUGGCUGCCUAGGUCAGUAAAUAAAAUCGAUGUAAUAUAAUUUAUAAGUAACACUGUUGCAAAUCUGAUCCCCAUGGAGGCUGUAACCUGCCCCUCCCCACCCAGUAAUAGUAUUCGUGUGUAUUAAUGCUGAAGAAUUAAACGUUUCAAGAGUUUAAAUUUUGAAGGCGUUUACUAUAUAUAAUUGUCCCGCAUCAAUAUAAAGUGUUUUCAGGACGAUUACUGCUCUCACUUUUCCCCUGCAGCUCUGUAUGUACAUUUGAGAUGCUGAGAUUCAUCCCAUGUAAAAUAAACUGUCCAGAGACUUUGCUUUCUAGAA